AUGAUUCGACCGCUCUUCGUCGUAGUUGUACUGGCUGUUAUUCUGACAGUACAGUGUAUUCAACCACCACCACCACCAAACGUCAGGCCAUCAAAGCAGGCAAAGCCAGAAAGAAUAGGAAUAAUUUUACAUUUUAACCGUCGUGACGACUAUAAGUCAGGACUUGACCGUCAGGACGAGUGGAACGGAAUGGGGCCGUUAAGGUCUUCUGACUCUAGUUACGACAACUACCAACGAUCAGACGGACAAGAUCACCAGCGCGCAUACGAUGCUGCUUCUUCCAGGCAGGAGGGGUGGUGGUGGUGGACUUCCGAAUAGGAUGGAUAUAUUGGAUAUGGAACAAGCACAUCCUAGUGGAGGGUUGUAGAGAGCAUAAAAUGCACAUGCUUAAUGUUUAUGAUUAUUAUUAAAAACCAGGAAAUACAAAUAUUUGUCAGAAAACAAA